UGCUUUCAAAACAUUUUUGCUUCCGGGUGUUUUUUUUUUUAAAAUUUCCGUGCGCGGGAAAGCAAAGGCGUGGGGCCUUGGUCGCCAUGGCUGUGUACUACAGGCGCUCCGAGGUCCCUGCCAGCCGCAGGGGCCCAGUGGGGCCUAGGCUGUCCGAGAGAGGAGGAGGAGGAGGAGGAGGGACUCGCGGCCCCGAGGCUGACAUCGGGGAGGGAGGCGGCGAAAGUGGAAGCGGUGAGGGACCUCCCGCCCCUCGAGCUGCCUUCACGCCGUUGCCACACGGAGCCGACGCGGCGGGGCGCCGGUGGCCGAGCCGGGCUUGCUCCGUCCUGUGCUGCCUCGUGGCUGUGGCCGUGCUGGCCUUGCUGCUGGCGGUGGCCUGCCUGGUGCUCCGAGAUUUGCGUUAUGAAAAAGAGAAGACUAAUGACAGUGUAGAAACAAGCAUUUUAGGAUUUUGGAGUCUUCUUGUUCUAGCCUUAAUAAGCGGGCUAUCAUGUUGCAGCUUUUCAUGGACAGUGACAUAUUUUGAUUCCUUUGAACCGGGAAUGUUUCCUCCUACUCCACUGUCACCUACACGAUUCAAGCGAAUGACUGGACACUCGUUCCACAUGGGCUAUAGUAUGGCCAUACUGAAUGGAAUAGUUGCAGCUCUUACUAUAAUAUGGUGCCUCUUCUAGUUAGUGGACUGGAGUCUGUUGUAAUGUGUCAAUUAUGUAGACGGCAAUUGGACUAUGAGCUGUUCCCGUGUACCACAUUUCCACGAGAAUAUCAUUACUAUGUACAUUCUCCACAUUGAUGCCAAAUGUUCUGAGAAGCAGCUGUAAAUGUUAAUGGCUUAUUGGCAAGGAAAGCCAGAUGCCUCUCUGCAGAGACGUGUUGCCACAGCGAAGUUGUUUUAAAUUGAUUCUACUGUAUUGUGUUAGGGCUGUUAGAAUGUUUAUGAUGUGCAUGGCAUUACUCCUAGUGAACUGUACACUGCCUUUUAAUUCUACUGCCAAACAAACUUUCAGAUCUUAUUUUUAACUGCAGGUUCAGUGAGUUAUAUGUUGCCCCAAUGAGAAAAGAAUGAGGUGGAAACUUACAUUUUAUGAGAUAAUUUGGGGGUGAGAAAGAUUUUAACUUGUGAAAUAUUAGUUAGUGGAUAUGUUUACUUUUUAGAUACUGUAGGGGAUCAGAUACUGCAUAUUCAGAUAAACAUAUUUCAGGUAUUUUGUAUUAUACAGUGGAUGGAAAUUAGACUUCCUUUGCAAAUGUAGGAAAAAGCACUCUUGCUACAACCUCUCCCAAAUAAGUGUCUUCCAGAUACUUUGUAGUAAAAUUCUCAUCAGCCCGUCCACCAUGGCCAAUGGGCAAGAACUGCAAAACAUAUGGAAGACUGGAACAAUACUGAUUGGUGGGUGCAAGCUUUUGAGUUUUAAAAUUCUUCAGGCAAAAUGAAAAGGCUCAAUGUGAUUCAAACUUUGGAUUUAGUACUAUCUGAACGUUGUAUCCUCAGAGUGGAGUGGAGAGUAGUUUGGUGUAUAAGUGGACUUCUGCCAGACAGAAGUAGAUGUGGUGAGAUGAUAUUUUCCUCUCUCCAAGCAGCCGUUUGUGCCUUACAUAAGUUUUCCAGAGUGUUCCCCAACAUACUGGAAGAUACCAAGAAGCAGAGGUAUAAAUCAGCAAUGACGUUCCUCUUUCUCCAGAGAGAAGCUGAAACAAAUAUCUCAUGAGCAGAAUUCUGUAAAAGCAGAACUCAUGAUGUUCUCACCAGGAGAUGCAAGAUUUGACCUAAAAGCUUAUUUUUAAUUACAUAGUUAUAAGAGUUAUCUUGUGUUAUGGCUGCAUCAAAUAUAUGUAGCUUCUUAUAGUUAAACAUGUGUACAAAUAAAAUUUGACAUCCAGUAGCUGUUCAUUUUUGAAAGCAUUUCCUUUUGGUAUGGCAGUUCUUUUUCAUGUGCACAUCUUCCAUCCUAAUUGUCAUUUGAUGUGUACUUAAUCUUAGUGUGAUUGUUAUUAUAUUCUGAGUGACACUGAAUGUAAUGUAUUUGAGUGUAAUGUUAAACUGGUUUGCAUUGCACAUACAAACCAAGGCCUAAUGAGGUUCUCCUUCUUUGUCUGGCAUUAUAUAAGGAGAUUAGAAGUGAUGACUUCUGUUUUGAACUGAACAUACUUGUUUAUUGUGUUCCAAGUUGGACCAACUUGGUUGUAUUAGUCUAGAUGGGCGGAAUAUAAAUAAAAUAAAAUAAAAUAAAAAAGAUGGUUUAGGGAAAGGAGCUGAUUUCAAACAGGUUUGUAAUUUUGGCUUAUUUUUCUAAACCAUGGUUAAACUUAAUCACAGUUCUAGAUUUUGAAAUGAUGUGUAAUGAUGCUGAUAAGUAAGGAAGUCAUGUUUCUUUAAAAAGGGGAGUGAACGCUUCUGAUCUCUUCCUUGCAGCCAUACCAAAAGAAAGGUAGGGAGUGAGCAAAGAUGUAUCUGUAUAUUUUGAUCUGUACAUUUUGCUGAUUGCAUAUAUUACAUGAACAGAACUAUAUUUAAAAGCCAUUAACUAUGUGAUAUGUAUAUUUUGUGUAGUAUCAACAUGAUUGUUAGGACAACCAAUUUAGGCAAUGUAAUUAUUUUAAAAAUGUGUGUAUCAUGCAUGUGAACGCAACAGCUAAAUAAUAAAUGGAGAUAUGAAUA